GUAUAAAGGACUUUAUAACGCCUUCGGCCAUAAUAGUAGUGCUGCACUAUUGAUUGACGUAAAGUAACAGCAACAACACAGCAAGGACAAACGUAGUACAGCUAACGCGACGGUCCGCAAGCAAAGCAAACAGUACGCCUUCAGUCAACAACCGCUAAGCAGUGCAAUCAACUAUUGGCAAUUAACAGAAAAAUGAGCCACACCAGCUGCUACAAUUAUCCAUCUUAUUAUCGCUGUCUCAGCCAGGAAAACUAUUUUAAUUUCGGUAACUUGGACACUGAAAGCUGUGCACAUCGUCAAAAUAACGACUCCAACGAUCUAUCUGGCAGUAAUAAUUUGAAUUACAAUAAUUUAUUACAAUUUCCUACAACGUCCUGGCGCUCGUUAGAAGCAAAUAUUGACACAGCACCUACAAGUAGUUGUUAUAGCUCUACACCGUUUGCUAACACAAUGAACGGUAAUAGAGUUAAUAGUGAGGGUGGCAUCGACGCUACCACAUCCACCACUAACUCGGUGCACUCUAUUAAUAAUUCCGCAUCGCGUACUUGCCGCGUACGCUCAAGGCUGGGUGAAUUGAAUCCAUUAUUCCAUAAAAGAAAUAAAACCGAAGAUGAAAAAUCAUUUCCACCACAUCUAAUUAAACAGGCACGCAAAACAGGCGCAUUACAGCUGAGCGGCAGAGGCUUAACGUCAGUGCCCGAUAAAAUUUACCAAAUAAACCAGUCAGACAAAGAUUUACCAACUUCAUUGGAGGAGCUCACCGUGCGAGAGGAAGAUGCUUGGUGGAAUCAAAUGCCUUUAACGAAUUUGGAUUUAAGUUCAAAUGCUUUAACGCAUUUGUCGCCAAAAAUUGAAAAUCUCGAAACUUUGACUACAUUGACGCUGCACGACAAUUUACUAACCAGCCUACCCAGGUCCAUAUGCAGGUUAGAGAAAUUAGUGCGUGUCAAUCUGAGUCGCAACAAGUUGCGAGAGUUGCCUGUUGAUUUCUAUUCGUUACCUGAACUGCGUUACUUGAAUAUAUCCUACAAUGAAUUUGAGGAAUUACACCCCGCUGUCAGCGAUUUACACAUGCUGGAAUAUUUGGAUGCUUCACAUAAUUCACUUACGGGGCUACCCAAUGGUAUUGGCUUUCUGGUGCGCGUAUCUGAGCUUUUACUCUCACAUAACCACAUAAAAGAACUGCCCUCCGAUCUGGUGAAUAUGCGUUCUUUACAGAAAUUGGAUUUGAAUCAUAAUGACUUGAUAGCCUUGCCCGAGGAUAUGGGCAGUCUGCGCAAAUUGGUAUGUUUAUAUCUGCAGCAUAAUGACAUCACACAAUUGCCCGAUUUCGAAGGCUGUCAGAAUUUGCAGGAUUUAUACAUUGCCAAUAACUUAGUUGGGAAAUUACCCGAGAGUUUUUGCUCAAACUUGCCACAUUUGAAAAUUCUCGAUUUGCGCGAUAACAAAAUUACGAAAAUUCCGGACGAAAUUUCGCUACUGAAAAAUCUUAUUCGGCUCGAUCUUACCAAUAAUUCCAUAAGCAAUCUGCCCCUAUCGUUGGGCUCCUUAGCGCAUUUGGUUAGUCUGCAAAUCGACGGUAAUCCCAUCAAGUCCAUACGUCGUGAUAUACUACAGUGCGGUACAAAUCGGAUACUACGUACAUUGCGUGAACGUGCGCGUGCUUCUAACGAAAAUCAACAACAACCACAACUUAAACAAGGCGAUACCGUUUCCCUCAACUCUGCAUCAACGUCGUCCGGCACAUUUGUACAAAAUAAUUCCGAUAAAAUGGGUGCGGAUGGUUUGAAUAGUCCACGUCGUCCGGCUGGUGGUUGUGAUGAAGACACAACAUUUCCCGAUAAAUACAAAAUGAGAAACACACACACCCUAAAUGUCACCAUGCAGUACUUGUCCACAGUGCCAGACGAAGUGUUCCAAACAGCGGCGGAAGAGCAUGUCAGCUGCGUGGAUUUCUCCAAGAAUCGUUUGGAAAAAUUGCCAGAUUCACUUCAUCUUCUUAAGGGCAGUGCCAGUGAGUUGGUGUUUUCCAACAACCAAUUAACCAAAGUGCCAACAUUUUUGUCGCAAUUCACACGUCUUACAUUACUCAAUUUGUCAUGCAAUCAACUGACCGAUCUGCCGAAAGAGAUGGGUGUGCUGAACACCUUACGAGAAUUGAAUAUUUGCAAUAAUCGCUUGGACCACAUACCGACCUGCCUUUAUCACAUGCAAAAUCUGGAAAUUCUAUUGGCCAGCGACAAUCGUAUCAAGCAUAUCGAUGCGACACCAGAGGGAUUAGGCGCCUUAAAGCGACUAACUAUUUUAGAUUUGCGCAACAACAACAUUGAGCAAGUGCCACCCGUACUUGGCAAUCUAACACAUAUUGCCACAUUGGAACUGAUCGGGAAUCCGUUCCGACAGCCACGCCAUCAAAUACUUGCCAAGGGCACAGAUGCCAUCAUGUCGUACUUGCGUGAUCGUAUACCAGCUUAGGGCUAAGCCAGCGAGCUGGAUUCUUUUCUUUUAGUGUACAUUAUAUUUGAUUAUUUGGAAACGAAAUGGAAUGUGUUUGUUGAUGGUGCGAAAAAAUUUUCAAAUUACCGCUUAUUUUAUAACAAAAAUGCCUAAGCUACUAAGCUGUUAACUCAUGCGAGCUUUUUGGUAGCACGUAGCUUAAAUAGCGGUUGGGUUGAUUUAGUUUUGGAAUUUUAUCUGUGAGAACAAGAUACGCAAUAUUUUCAUACUAUAUUUAUAUAUAUAUAUAUGAUGUACGCUUAACUAAAAAAGGAAAAAUAUAUUUUUAACGAUAUUGCAAAUUUGUUGCCAUCUCUUUAGCCAGAGUUAUGGAAGCAGCUGCAUUUUUUAUGCUUUAAUAUUUUACUAACUACAUUACACUAGUCAUUAUGUACAACAUACAAACGUAAAUUCAUAUAUAAAUUUAUACAGAU